AUGCCAAAACAAGGUGAAAGAAAGAGCUAUCGGUCCAGAUUACAGCAAAUGAGAUUGUAUGCCACUCAAAGAACUAAUGAAGAUACAGAGAUGGCGUAUGAUACAAAGCUAAAAGCAGACACUGAAGAAAAGUAUGAUCCUACCAUGAUGCAAGAUGGUAAAAUGCAGACUGAUCAAAAAGAAGAAAAAAAAAUUCUACUGAUAGUUUUAAUGACCCCGCAAAUGAAAAAGAUUUCCAUUCGACCUCACAGCAGUCGGAAACUGAUCAGAAAACAAAAGAUGAAUGGAAAACAAAGAGGAAAAAAGAAUCAACAAGGAAAAGAAUGGCCAAAAAUAAAGGAGAACAUCAAGGCAUCAGAUCGAAAAAGAAAACGGGAUAUAAGAGAGCAGUUACCUGAAGAAAUCAAGGAGAACGUAAAGGCAUCAGAAAGAAAAAGAAAACGGGACAUAAGAGAGCAGUUACCUGAAGAAAUCAAGAAGACCAUCAAGGCUUCAGAUCGAAACAGAAGACGGGACAAAAGAGAGCAGUUACCUGAAGAAAUCAGAGAAAUCAUAAAGGCUCCAGAUCAAAAGAGAAAAAAAGACAAAAGAGAGCAUUUACCUGAAGAAACCAAAGAAAUCAUAAAAACAUCAGAUAGAAAAAGAAAAAAAAGACAAAAGAAGGAAUUUACCUGA